GCUCUUCACCUCCGGCAGACCGGCCUCCGGGUAACCGCAGCAACUACAACUCCACCUCACCCCCCUUGUCCGGCGUCCUCGCCUCCGUCGUUCUCCUCGCCUUCCCUCUGGACCGGCUCGGCGCGGAGAUCUACUCGCCCGGAGUUGGGAUUGACUUCUUCUUUUUGUUGUUUGCCGCGGAUUUGUUUUUUGGGUUGCGGAGUAUCAAUCCAGGUUCCGAUUUGCUGAUUGAAGCUUCGUUUCUCCAUGGCGCUUCGGUUCGAGAUAUUAGGAAGAUUCAAUCGUGCCCGUGCAGCUCGCUUAACUCUGCCCCACUUUACUUGCCAAACACCACUUUUUAUGCCUGUUGGAACUCAAGGUACAAUAAAAGGCUUGACUACUGACCAACUGGAGGAUAUAGGUUGCCAGAUUAUACUUGGAAACACAUAUCAUCUUGAACUACGCCCAGGUUCUCAACUUAUUGAUGACUUGGGUGGCCUUCACAAAUUUAUGAAUUGGAAAAGGGCAUUGCUGACUGACUCCGGUGGAUUCCAAAUGGUUUCGUUGCUGCAUUUGGCUGAUAUUACCGAGGAAGGAGUUACAUUUCAGUCACCUGUUGAUGGGAAGCCCAUGCUCUUGACACCUGAGGAAUCUAUCCAUAUUCAGAACAAUAUUGGAGCUGAUAUAAUCAUGGCUCUUGAUGAUGUUGUGAAGACCACAAUUACUGGCCCAAGGAUAGAAGAAGCUAUGCACCGCACCCUUCGUUGGAUUGACAGGUGCAUAGCUGCUCACAAGAAACCUGAUGUCCAGAAUUUAUUUGGGAUUGUGCAAGGAGGAUUGGAUCCAGUUCUCAGAGAUAUCUGUGUGAGGGGUUUGGUUGAGAGGAAUCUUCCUGGAUAUGCUAUUGGUGGUCUUGCUGGUGGUGAAGACAAGGACUCGUUUUGGCGUGUUGUUGCCCAGUGCACUGCUGGAUUGCCUGAAAAUAAACCACGAUAUGUUAUGGGUGUUGGCUAUCCACUUGAUAUUGUAGUAUGCAGUGCUUUGGGUGCAGACAUGUAUGACUGUGUUUAUCCAACACGAACUGCUCGCUUUGGGACUGCCCUUGUUCCUGAGGGUGUCCUGAAGUUGAAACAAAAUGCAAUGGCAACUGAUGAACGGCCAAUUGAUCCUACCUGUUCAUGCAUGGUCUGCAAAAAGUAUACACGUGCUUACUUGCAUUGCCUUGUAACAAAAGAUGCUAUGGGCUCUCAACUGCUGUCCUAUCACAAUUUAUCAUUUAUGAUGCGGUUGAGUAGAGACCUCCACAUGUCAAUUCUUGAAGGGCGAUUUCCAGAAUUCGUGCGAGGAUUCUUGAGGGCGCAGUUUCCAAAGGGAGACGUUCCGCAGUGGGUCCGUAACGCGAUGGAGGUCGCUGGCAUCGACAUAUCAGAGUGCUGCGCUUCAGCCAAGUGUCACGCACCAAGCAUCCAGGAGCAACCUUUAACCAUUCCAGUUCCAGUUGACGCAGACGGAGUCGUGCAGCAGAAUUAAAGCCGCACGGCAGGGCUUUUUGAAGAAGAAGGUUUCCUGUCGACAUACAGUCAAGUAGGGUCUCAGUCUCACCGGUUCAGCAUAGAAUUUUCCAAUAGUAUGCUGAAGCUCACCCACAGGUUUUUGGUAGCAUUUUGAGGGUGCCGUGCGCGCGUGUUUAGAAAAAACAGCAGGGGCGUGCAAUUCGCUACGUCAUGCUCCUGGGGUUCUAGCUAGGUUAUACGCCGUCCAGAUGAGUGGAUGGAAGAAUUAUCUGUCAUUGUGUCCUUGGCACGCAGUCGCCGUUAAAGGACUUUUAGUGUUGGGUUGCGGUAGUGUUCGAGGAAAAAAAAAGUGUUGCAUUGCGGUCAGAUAAAAGAAGCUUGUAAAAGCUUCAGUCGCCUUACGCUGAAACAUUGUUGUUGCGACGAAUGAAAUGGUAGUCCUUGCAACAUCGUCAGUUGCCA